UAUUUUUUGUUGUGUUAGUUGCUGGAAACAAUUUCAAAUGAUAAAUUGUGUUAGGCAACUGGUUGCACUUCAAUGACCUUCGGUUGGUAACCGCAAGCCAAACCCAAAAAACAUGGUUUGGGAUAGUAGAGAUGAAUAAGUUGUUAACUUCGUUUGCCUUUAAUGUUUGACGCCAAAAUACACGGCGCAAAUUCAUCGUAACUUUGAUAACAGCUACAUGUAAAGGUGCCUCAAAAUUGAUGUUUUUGUUUUCGGAACGUUCUUACCGUUAAUUAAUUCAAGCUUUAAAUGAUGAUAGCUAAUGUUCACUAGAAUAAUUAUUUAUUCAUAACAUUAGGAUAUCAAUUGAAUCCGGGAAUUGAAUAAUGCAGUAGUAAUAUCUUUAAUGUACUCAAGGAAAGUGGAGAAGUUUAUUUUUGUAUGAUAUAUAGUUUUAUUAAAUAGUCAUUAGUGAGAAAAUGUCGAAGAAUAAAUUGAACCUCACAUUGCCUCCUGGCUCCAUCGACCAAACAUCAUUUGGUGUCAUCCUUGGAGGAGCUUCAUUUGCUGAUGCCAAUACGUCGAAUCAUUUGCUUAAGGGGAGCAGCAUUGAUGAUUUGACAGCAAGGCUAGAGGAGCUUGAUAUGGAUGAUAUACAGAAACGGAGAAUAGAAGUAUUCCUAUGCCAGAAAGAGAAGAUUGGCACAGAUGUCAGUGAUGAUGAUUUCGAUAAAUUGGGUGAGCUUGGUUCAGGUAAUGGCGGUGUUGUGAUGAAGGUUAGACACAAGUCAACAGGCUUAAUAAUGGCCAGGAAAUUAAUUCACCUGGAAGUAAAGCCUGCCAUCAAGAAACAAAUAAUCAGAGAGCUGAAGGUGCUCCAUGAAUGUAACUUUGCACACAUCGUUGGAUUUUAUGCUGCCUUUUACAGUGAUGGUGAGAUCAGCAUUUGCAUGGAAUACAUGGAUGCUGGCUCAUUGGAUCUUAUUCUUAAGAAAGCAAGACUAAUACCUGAGAAUAUAUUAGGUAAAAUUACCUCAGCUGUGUUAAAAGGUCUAAGUUAUUUAAGAGAUAAACACUCUAUCAUUCAUAGAGAUGUAAAACCAAGCAAUAUUUUAUUAAAUAGUAGCGGGGAGAUUAAGAUUUGCGAUUUUGGGGUAUCAGGGCAACUGAUUGAUUCUAUGGCUAAUUCAUUUGUUGGUACAAGGAGCUAUAUGUCUCCGGAAAGACUCCAGGGUACACACUAUUCAGUUCAGAGUGACAUCUGGUCACUGGGGCUAUCAUUGGUAGAGAUGGCUAUAGGAAUGUAUCCAAUUCCGCCUCCAAGUGCCAAGACAUUGUCGGCGAUCUUUGGAUCUAACACGGAGGGCGAUUCUCCGGGACACGCGAAUGCUCCACGUCCCAUGGGAAUCUUCGAGCUGCUCGACUACAUCGUGAACGAACCGCCUCCAAAACUACCCAAUGGUAUAUUUAGCGAUGACUUUAAAGACUUUGUCGAUAGAUGUUUGAAGAAGAAUCCCGACGAACGGGCUGAUCUGAAGUCAUUGAUGAAUCAUGUUUGGAUAAAGCAGUCCGACGCGGAAGAUGUUGAUAUAGCGGGUUGGGUUUGUAAAACUAUGGAUAUUCAACCAUCUGGAGCAAAGCAUUAACUGAUGUCAUUUAGCCUAUUGAAAAAAAAAUGGUUCAUAUUAGUAAUAGUUAAUAUUUUCAAAGUAACACUGCGUUUGUACAAGAAUGUAUCUAUUCACAUUUUUUUUUUGAAGCAUUUAGUUUUCAAGUAAGUUGUUACAAACUGAAAGCAGUACACUUUUAGAUUUAUUUAUUUUUUAAUGGGAGAAUUAACAAUACAAAAUAUGAUAUACAUCAGCCAAGCAAGUUUGUUACCUUUGAUGUUGUCGAUAUUUACAAAAUACAAAAGUGAGAAAAACCAUU